CUCUCUUCUCCCUCCUCUGCAGUCCUCUCGUCUACAGACAGUCUCACAUUGAUCAGCUGGGCUGCAAUUACAGCUGCGCAGACCCGUCUAGCAAACAGGGAAUAUACUGUACAUUUAUCUGAACUGCGGAGCUCCAGCUGCGAAAAUGUCUAAUCAGGCAGAGUUUGAGAAGUUGGCAGAGGACGUGAAGAAUGUGAAGACUAGGCCUACGGACCAGGAGCUCCUUGACCUGUAUGGCCUUUAUAAACAAGCUAUUGUGGGAGACAUCAACACAGAAAGACCAGGGAUGCUGGACUUAAAGGGAAAAGCCAAGUGGGACGCCUGGAACUCCAGAAAAGGAAUGUCUAAGGAAGAUGCCAUGACAGCCUACAUUACACUUGCAAAGGAAAUCAUUAGCAAAUAUGGCAUGUAAGGAUUGCAAUAACCUCAAGGGACUUAACACAGACACUGUCUACUAACUCAAUAAAAUACUGCUGAUAUCAACCAGUAGCCUUCUGCAUUCAAA